UUCCAUAUGUUUUUUUGACAUUUCGAUUCUAUUGAUGGUGUAACCAAUUUAUAUCUAAGUUGGUAAAUUUGUAUAAUAAUUAAUUAAAAACACGAUGCUUCUGCUGCGUAGGACUACAUCAUCAAUUAGUAUACGUGUUUUCGGGUCUCGUGUAGCCGGUGCACGCAAUUAUAGUAAAGAUUAUGAUUCGUCGGAUGAUGAGAAAAAACCGAAAUUAAAAAAAGGGAAACAUAAGGCAGAAAAUAAGGUCGAAGACAAGCCUAAAUCUGCGCCAAACAAAUCUGAUGUUGAUGCCAGUGAUGAACCAGCCAUCACGCGCCUUAAUCGCUUGUUGGCCAGUAUGCCGACAGAAGAUACUUACUCGUUAUCAAGUAAGAAAACUAAUGUAACAUUAGCACGCCCCGGAGAGGCACAUAAGAAACGAAAGGAGGCAUCGAAACAAGAAAGUGCAUCAAAAGAUAUUUUUGUUGCUGCCAAACGUGUUGCUUCUUUGGCUAGCGAUGGUGAGCAAAAACAGCAAAUGGAAUCAGAGUUGUUAGCUAAAUUGCUAGGACAUAGUGUACAGGAAACUGGUGCAACCAAUAAUGAUGAACCAAAGAAACCAGCCACAGAUUUGAGUUUAAGCGAACUAAUUGUGGGCAUGAAAAUCGAUCGUUCCCAGCAGCCAAAAGAACAAACUCGUGGGGAAUUUGUCCGCCGUUCUAUUGCAGCCAAAACCCAGCAACAGCGGAAACAAGCGACAAGCGUGCGUAAAGAGGGCCAACGUGAGGCAGCUACUUACACUGGUAGUGUGAACUUAUUUGGAUCCCAGCCAUUGGGUAUUUUUAAAGAUGCAUCUGAAUUGCGUGACGUACCCGACAUGCUGACAACUUGGGCACAUCUGCAGCAAAACGAAUUAAAAUUGCUGACAACACAUCCACCUGCAAAUUAUUUCGAAAAGUUAGUGCUCUGGACGGAGCAGGGAAAAUUAUGGCGCUUCCCAAUCGACAACGAGCAAGAUUUGCGUGAUGAAGUUGAUGUUGACUUCUCCGAACACAUCUUUCUCGAACAGCAUUUGGAAUCCUGGUGUCCUGAAAAAGGUCCAGUUCGUCAUUAUAUGGAGCUAGUGUGUGUUGGUCUUUCGAAAAAUCCGUAUUUGACGGCGAAGGAAAAGAAAGAACAUAUUCUUUGGUAUCGCGACUAUUUCGGAGCGAAAAAGGAUAUACUUAAAGAUUUGAUAAGCCAAGAGAAAAAGCCGAAAGUAGAUGACGAGAAGAAAAAGGUGAAAGCUUAAGAUAACUAUUUGAAUGUACGUUUAUAUGUUGUUAUGCAAGCAAAGGAAGAAAUAUACGGUGUGUUUUAAUCAAAAACAUACAAAAAAUUCG